AUGCCUACCUACCCUAAGCUCGUUGCCUUUGAGGUCGAUAAUGUGAUCUGGUCCCCACCCCUCGACGACAAGAAAUUCGGUAACGAGGGAUGGGUACGAGGAGACCUUCGGGAGAACUUCGAGUUGGUAAACCCUCGCAUGUUAAGGGAUGUGAAGAACCACGCGAACCAGAUAUGGAUGUCCAACGACAUUCCGAAAAUCAUCCACGACCUCCUCUUGAACAAAGUCCCGAUCGCAGUCGUCUCUCGGAACCCCAACAAAGAUUUGUGCGACAGGGCCCUCUGGCAUUUCAAGGCUCAAAAUGCAGACAAUGAAUGGAAGCCUAUUAUCGAAUAUGUUGUUUACGACGAGGUCUUCUCAGCGCGAAAAACGAUACAUUUCAACAAUAUCUAUGGUUAUGCCAGCGGGAGAAUAGCAUAUUCGGACAUGCUGUUCUUCGACACAUUCAGCGGAGACGACGUGUAUCGAGACCUUGAAGUGACAACCUACCUACCCAGCGAUUUCAACAAUGGUCUUUCCUGGAUCGACUACAAUGCUGGUCUUGAUUUGUGGAGGACAAACACUGGCAAUUGA